UGGAGCAGCAGCCGCAGCAGCCAGGAUGAUCCCGGUGGGUGAACUGAAAAACCUCGGCACAGAGCCGAACUCCAAGUUUCGGGUGCUGAAGCCGUGGUGGGAUGUUUUCUCAGAGUACCUGUGCAUUGCCAUGCUGAUGAUCGGAGUCUUUGGUUGUACCCUGCAGCUAACUCAAGACAAGAUGUCAUGCCUGCCCAGUCACUUCACCAGCCCAACGCCAGAGGCAAUCGACUGCAGCCAAAUCAGCACUUUCGCAGAUAACAAGACAAGGCAGCACACACUGGUCAAACCUGCAAGUCCCAUCAUGUUGGAGGUGACCGGCCGCAAGAACAACCUGGAAAACUAUCAGUAUUUGUUUGUUAAUCACUAUUGCUACGAGAGAUUCAUCCACUGGUACGCAAAGUACUUCCCCUACCUCGUCGUGAUGCACACUGUGAUCUUCAUGGUAGUGAGCAGCUUCUGGUUCAAGUUCCCCGGGACGUCUUCUAAGAUUGACCUCUUUGUGACCAUCCUCGUGAAGUGCUUUGACUCCCCCUGGACCACAAGGGCCCUAAGUGAAGUGUCAGAUGAAAGAGGAGAGGAGAAGCUGGUCAUUUGGAGGAGGAACACCACCUCAAAGGAACAUGCAGAGCAACGAGGGGAUGAGGAGGAGACCACAGGGCUUCUUCGCUCCUUGUCUGUCAAGUCUAUUCCAGAUAAGAAAACCCCAGAGUCUCAGUCUGCCCCCUCCGCCCUGGACAGGAAGGAAGGCGAGCAGGCCAAAGCUCUAUUUGAAAAGGUUAAGAAGUUGAGAACUCAUGUAGAGGAGGCAGACCUCUUGUAUGUCAUGUAUGUGCUACAGACAUCGGUCAAGGUCUUUAAGUUCCUUUUGAUCAUCAUCUACACUGCAGUGAUGGCACCAAACAUUGAAAAUGUAGUGCACUGUUACGUUCCUCCUGAAUUGACUGGUUUUGAAAUUUUUUGCUGUAACCACAACAAAGCCCAUCUUUUCUCCAAGCUUGCUUAUUGCUACAUCUGCUUUGUGGGAGUGUAUGGUCUCCUGUGUAUCUAUUCCUUCUACUGGCUGUUCCACCGGCCACUCAAACUGUACUCCUUUGACCAGGUCAGACUAGAGACAGGUAUUAACGAUAUACCAGACGUAAUGAAUGACUUUGCAUUCCUCCUGCACCUUGUGGACCAAUAUGAUGCCCUCUACUCUAAGAGAUUUGCCGUCUUUCUUUCUGAGGUCAGCGAGAGUCGUCUCCAUCAGCUCAACCUCAACCACGAGUGGACCGCCAAAAAGCUACGCGACCGUCUUGUCAAGAACACGAAUAACCUGUUGGAGCUGCACCUGUCAAUGUUGCCGGGGCUUCCUGACACCGUGUUUGAGCUGUCUGAGGUGGAAUCGCUCAAACUGGAGCAAGUUAAAAACGUUACCAUCCCACUGACUGUGGCAAGGCUAGAUUCUCUCCGGGAGUUAUCGUUGCUCUACUGCCAAGCAAAGCUCCAGCUGCCUGCCCUGAACCACCUGAAGGAACAUUUGAAGAUCCUUCGUCUGUCUUUUGAAAAUUUCGAUGAAGUACCUUUGUGGAUGUACACCCUGAGUGGUCUGGAGGAGCUACAUCUGAACAGUCCCUUAACUGAGGCGUCCAAAAGUGCCACUCUGGACUCCCUCCGAGACCUUCGAGCUCUGAGAGUCCUCACUUUCCGCUCCAACCUUUCAAAAAUCCCGCCCAGCGUGGGGGAUGUAGCAGUGCAGCUGCAGAGGUUGUGUAUCUAUAAUGAAGGUGUCAGACUCCAGGCGUUCAGCAGCCUGAAGAAGUUAACCAACCUGCUUUCACUGGAGUUAGUGGGCUGUGAGUUGGAGCGCAUCCCAAGUGCUGUCUUCAGCCUGAACAAUCUACAAGAGUUGGACCUGAAAGACAAUAAACUGACCACUGUGGAGGAGAUACUGAGCUUACAGCACUGUCGCUGGUUAGUGACCCUGCGACUGUGGCACAACAAAAUCCCUUACAUCCCUGAUCACAUCAGUAAAUUGCAUUCCCUAGAGACAAUAGAUCUCAGCUGGAACAAGCUGAGGAAGCUUCCUUCUCGACUGUUUUAUUGCACCAAGCUCAGGCACAUAGAUGUUUCCCACAACCAGCUGACCUCUCUUCCUCAUGAGGUGGGCAUCCCACAAGGCCUCCAGUUCUUCUCGGCUGCUUUCAACUCUUUAGAGAUGGUGCCAGAGGAGCUGUUCUCCUGUAAAAAGCUAAAGACGCUGGCUCUUGGAAACAACUGCCUGUCAUACCUAAGCCCUAGUGUGGCAAACCUGGCUCAACUGAUCCGGCUGGAGAUUAAGGGGAAUCGUCUGGAGUCUCUUCCUCUCGAGAUAGCAGAUUGUCCCCUUCUGAAUGUCAAUGGGUUGAUAGUAGAGGACAAUCUGCUGGAUCUGCUGCCACCGGAUAUGCGAAGCAGGCAGGCAAUGAUCUAAGUUUGUAGAGCUAAUGGACGCAUCUUCUCUCAGUGAACUGUCAUGGUUGAUGAAAGGCUGACACACUAAAAGGUCAUGGAAAAUUAGCAGUGUGUUGAUCUGUAGCACUAGAGCAGUGGUCACCGGCUGAUCUCCCAGUCUUCACUGUCGACCCCCCAACUCUUUGGACUCACUGGCUGUCAUCGCGCUACAGACAAGCUGUGUGUCGUUUUUAUGUUUUUCACACGUGCUCUGUGUUUGCUACUGGCAGUGGAGCUGCAGCUUUAUAUCCUGUAUUUCUUUCAAGAACAAUCUGGUUCAUGUACUAAAGUAAAUGUCCGGACUCUACGGUAUGAAGAUGUGCAUCUUUCGGUCUGUCGAUAACAAAGCCCGUUCGAACAAAUGAGUGGAUUCAGAUGGUGAAACGCUGGAGUGCUUUUACUUUGAAACGGGAUCAAGAAGUGAUGUAAAUGUGUUUGUGUCAUAGAGGGAUUAACAUUGUGGGACACAACAGAAUAAACAAAGAAGAUGAUCUUUCAAAUGAUUUUUCAUGUUUAUAUGAUGAAUUUAUGUCACAAACAAAUGGUUGCAACGUUUUCUGUAUGCUUUUUCAAAAUAAAAGCACUCGAGCGUU